AACAGAAAUCAGUUCUGUUUUCGGCGUGACUUUAUCCUAGCGUUUGCGCAUUUCGCGGAGUAAAAUUGGUCGGGUGGUGACGGCGGUUAAUGAAUACUGCAGCAGCAGCAGCAGUCGAUAUUCUUACGCGGACAGAUUAGCUGGCGAGUUUCCUCGUGGAAAUCCGGCGGAGAGGGCUGUUAAGGGCGGCGAGAACGCCCCGCACGUAGAAGCUAACUGGAAAUCUCGUUGGGAAGGGAAAAGGGUGGAUCGGCGGCGUGAAGAGGAGGGUAGGCAGGGAAGGCGGCCGGUUGAUCAUUCCCCGAGGUUCAUCCGCGGAAGAUAUAACCGGGAUAGCCCGGAGAGAAUAUAUACAGCACGGUCGGGGCCGGGGCUUGUUUCAGUGCUCUGGGAACUCGUGUCGAGAGGUUGUGACGGUGUAUCUUUAACAAUCGCUGUUGUCGCUGGAGAGGUUGCAAAAGUGGCGAUAAACCAGCAUCGAUCGCGCUGACUCGUCGCAUUCUCAGCCGGGCUCCUGCAAGAGGUCGGCCACGGUGGAGAAGAGGCGAGGACAGAGGUGGUACGGGGCGAAAGAAGGAGAGGAAGGGAAAGACAACGGGCCGGAAAGAGAGAGAUUGGGAGAGCGUGCGCACGUACCGCUGGGGAAGGAAAGUAGGGAAAACUGAGGGGGUGGGAGUUAGAGGGUGAUAGCGAGCAAAAGACGGGAGCCAGUGGUGUACGGUUGUUGGCGGACGAUAUCAGACAGCCGGGAUAAUAGAGGAAGUCGAGAAAGAUAAAUACGGGUGAAUUCGUCACGAAAUGGCGUGGGGUUAUUGGAGCGCAACGUCGGUCAGCGAUAGGGGUCGAUCACCCCGUCGGGAGAAGGAUAAACAACAACCACAGACUUUGCAUCAGCACCAACAGCAACAACAACAACAACAACAACAACAACAACCGUAUCAUCAGACGGAGACAGGGUUGUACGGUAUUCAGCAGCAGAUACAGGGCGAGAUCGGCGUCGGGACGUCGUCCGGGCCCGGCGCUGGUGCCGUAGCCGAGGAACAACCCUGCAGCAUGAUGAUUCAGGGUGGUUCCUUUUACUCUUAUUCCGCGGCACUGGCUGCUGCGGCAGCGGCUGCGGCUGGCCGCAAGAUUCCGCCAGCCGCGGAAGGACCUUCCACCUCGUCCACGGGGAUUCAAGUUUUGCCGCGUGACCGACCGAUUAAAUCGAGCACCAGCACCUAUCCACCCUCGCCCAGCAGCGAUUCCGCCGAGUACGAGCAGCCGAUCGCUGGAAUCAGAGGCGAGUGCUCGCCCAAUAACAGCCCCCGCGACGAUAUAUUCCUGCAGCCGGGAUCCUCGUCCUCCAGGAUGAAGCUACUCUGCGACAAAGGUGUCGACGACACCUCGGAAGUCGAUCUGGACGAAGUGAUCGCCACGGAGAUGAUGUACGCGUCCACCAACCGAGCUAUAGGGACUAAUACGUGUCGUGUACAUGGACCGUGUAAUCCACCCCCGGAUCCUGCUCCUUCCAUGAUCGACGAUACCACCGGGUCCUCGCAGUUUUGGUUCAACGACAUCACCUGGGUUUUUCCUAACGUCCCGCCUGCACCUGGAAUGCCCUGUCAGGGAGAAGACAGAAGCAUCUACAGACGCGGCGCACGUAGAUGGAGGAAGCUGUACCGAGUGAAUGGUCAUAUAUUUCAGGCGAAACGUUUCAAUCGGCGAGCGUUUUGCGCGUUCUGCCAGGAUCGGAUUUGGGGACUAGGUCGACAGGGGUUCAAGUGCAUCCAAUGCAAGCUGUUGGUCCACAAGAAAUGUCACAAAGUGGUGAGGAAGUCAUGCUUGAGCGCGCAGCAGCAGCAACAACAGAUACCAAGUAUAGAGGCGCAGGCGAUCGACAGGAACGGCGAUCAACAAUUGAUGGAUGUCGUUCAAUGCAGUAACGUACCUCAUGUCGAAGAUGAGAUCUCGGAGUCGCCGAUCAUCGAGGAGCACUCACGAAAUCGAACCGGAAGCGAAGAGAGGGAGGAAUUGCCGCUGGAUACGCUAAACGAUGCAGACAACUCGAAUGAUAUGCAGAGGCAAUACUCACUAAAUGAUUUCGAACUGAUUAAGGUAAUCGGUCGUGGUUCCUACGCGAAAGUUUUGAUGGUGGAACUGAAGCGUACGAAGAGGAUCUACGCGAUGAAAGUGAUCAAGAAAGCUUUGGUGACCGACGAUGAGGAUAUUGAUUGGGUUCAAACGGAGAAACACGUCUUCGAAACUGCCUCAAAUCACCCUUUUCUUGUGGGGUUACACUCAUGCUUUCAGACCCCCUCGCGAUUAUUCUUCGUGAUCGAGUUUGUACGGGGUGGUGAUCUUAUGUUCCACAUGCAAAGACAACGUCGUCUUCCGGAAGAACAUGCUCGGUUCUACGCAGCUGAGAUUAGCCUCGCCUUAAACUUUUUACACGAGAAAGGUAUAAUAUACAGAGACUUGAAGUUAGAUAAUGUACUGCUUGAUCACGAAGGACACGUUAAAUUAACCGAUUACGGAAUGUGCAAAGAAGGCGUCCGAGAGGGUGACACAACUUCCACGUUUUGCGGCACUCCAAACUAUAUCGCACCCGAAAUAUUACAGGGUGAUGAUUAUAGCUUCUCUGUAGAUUGGUGGGCGCUUGGUGUACUUUUGUAUGAAAUGCUUGCAGGACGUAGCCCAUUUGAUGUCGCAGGCGCGUCGGAAAAUCCCGAUCAGAACACCGAAGACUAUUUAUUCCAAGUGAUUUUAGAGAAAACCAUUCGUAUACCUAGGUCGUUGUCGGUUAAAGCAGCUUCUGUUCUUAAAGGUUUCCUUUGUAAAGAUCCUGUUAGAAGACUGGGCUGUGGUAAAAGGCCAGCAGCUUUCCUUGAUAUAGUUGCGCAUCCAUUCUUCAAAGCAAUUGAUUGGGAAAUGUUGGAACAAAAGCAAGUUACACCGCCUUACAAGCCACGUUUAGAUUCUGAUCGUGACCUAGCCAACUUCCCACCGGAGUUUACGGAUGAACCUGUUCAUUUAACGCCAGAUGAUCCGAGGGUGAUCGAUAAAAUUGAUCAGAGUGAAUUCGAAGGCUUCGAAUAUGUGAAUCCGUUACUCAUGUCUCUGGAGGACUGCGUGUGACAAGAACCGCUCGUUAUU